AUGCGCGACAUGGACAAGAUUGGCUCGCGUUCUGUUGGCAGGGGCAUUGAUGGCCGCGAUGUUUUCACACAAGCCGCCCCGGGAUACAACGCCACAGUUCCCGUCAUACUGGAUUUUACCUCCGCUACCCGCUGUUGGUUCAACCUGCGGCCAAGCACCGUGUCUGGCUUUGGGGCGAAUAGCCCGGAUUUUGAUCUCAUCGGCGAGGAACGAGAGUCUGGGAGCAGGGUAUUUGGCCCGACGACUUCGACAGAUUCCACACCGACACCCACCCACCUGUCGACCACGACGUCCGCAGACGCGAGUGCCACACCCCCCGCUGCGAGUUCAGCACCACCCAACUCCACACCCGGUCGGAGCGGGUUGGGUGUAGAAGCCGCGGCGGGAAUAGGGACAGGAGUUGCGGUCGGAAUGAUGGUUAUCUGCGGAGUCCUCGCAUGGAGUUGGAGACGGAGGAGACGGGGUAUUAGGGAGGGUGACCAGGAAGGGGGCGAUCAGGAGCAUUACCAGGCGAGCCGCACGUCGAGCAACGAGGAACUGCUAGAGAAACAAAAGCCUAGCGCCCCAGCGCAGCUCGUCGACCCCCGUCGAGACGGGUAUCGGUAUGGGCACUAUGGGGCCAAGGCGAAGUUCAUUGCCGAGUUGAGCUCAGCUCACCACACCCCGCCCGAGAUUGGAUCAUCUCAGAUUCUAGACCCAAGGCACCCGUUGGCAGCACCUGGCAGAGGACCUUUUCUACAUCGCGGUCAAAGUUCGGCGUUGAUGUUUCCUAACUGCCCCUUGAUCCCCGUGCGGCCAUUGAGGGCGUGGGAUCUGCAGGAUGUUACCAGUAUCCUACAUCCCUUCACCCCUAUUUGUGCACAGAGGUGCCCGUUCAGGCUCGCCGGGAAUAGGGUGGAAGCCACAAACGCCGAUAAGGCAAUCCCCGACCUCCCAAUCACAACCUAUCGCAGUAUUCUCGGUGAAGAGCAGCAUGUAAGCCUGUUCUGCGUGACUGCGUAUACGUCGUACUCGAUGGUACCCACCAUAAAUUCUGGGGUUCCAUUAGGAGUAAUCAUUAUUCAAGUAUACAUGGGAGUGCCUCGGCCUAAAGAUCUUAUAUCCAUGCGCUUGUCCCCCCGUGUCAUCGCCCUGCCCACCUACUACAUCCUGCCCUUGAUCUAUCGACUAUUAGUUAGGUACGGUGGCCUUCUUUCUCGACACACAUCUCGUCCACGUUUGGUACCCAACGAAUAUUUCUCCACCCUGGUUGUUCCCUCGGCAAUGGAAACACUCGCUAAGGCCAAACAUGCUCUUGCAACAGACUUCACAUGGAGUCGAGGAAAACGCCUUGCUGUGACUGGAUCCCGCGCUCUCCCAGGCGCUGCCGGUGAAUAUGUGGCCAGCAAAUUUCCCAUCAUUGGCUGGCUGCCACGAUAUCGGCCCCGUUGGUUGAUCAAUGACGUUGUUGCGGGCUUGACCGUCGGCCUUAUGCUCAUUCCACAGGGACUAUCGUAUGCCCGGAUUGCUACGGUUCCGGCCCAAUACGGGCUUUUGUCCAGUUGGUUGCCAUCCGUUAUCUACGCCCUGAUGGGGACGACAAAAGACUUAUCUACUGGCCCGACGAGUUUAAUCAGCCUCUUGACGGCCGAAAUCAUUGCAUCUCUCCGAGAGGAGCGGGAGUGGACCGCGCCGCAGAUCGCCAGCGCAGUCGCAACCAUGAUGGGAAUAUACGGGUUGGUGAUCGGACUCCUGAAGCUCGGGUUCCUGCUCGAGUUUAUCUCCCUCCCAGUCCUUAGCGGUUUCAUCUCCGCCGUCGCUAUUACUAUCAUCCUCAAUCAAAUGGAUGCGCUUCUUGGAGAGCCCAACGUGGGCGACGGCACGGCAACCCAGAUCCACGACAUUUUUCAACAACUGCCACAAGCCAACGGGUAUGCAUGCGCAGUCGGCUUCACGGGUAUCUUCCUUUUGGCGGCUCUUGACCAAGCUGGGAAGCGGUGGGGGGGGGGGAACAAGGUCGUCUGGUUCCUCUCCAUGACGAGGGCGUUCAUCGCCCUCGUUAUUUUCACCGGGGUUGGAUACGCCGUCAACAAGCCGCGCGGUAGCCCAGACGACUUCCUUUUUGAGAUUACCAAAGUCGAAUUCAACUACCAGGACAUGAAAUCUCCACGUGUCCCGAGCGCUCGGCUACUAUCACGCGUUGCUAGCCAAAGCGUAGCUGUCUUCAUCGGCUCCGCGGUCGAGCACACGGCCAUUGCUCGUAGUUUCGGGGUUCGAAACAAUUACAUGUCGGACCAGAGCCAAGAACUCACCUAUUACGGCGUGACCAACAUUGUCAACAGUUUUUUCCACGCCGUGGGAGUAGGCGGUGCCAUGUCAAGAACGGCAGUCAACUCUGCCUGCAACGUCAAGUCGCCUCUUUCUGGAGUUGUUACGACUGCGGUAGUGCUGGUCUGCAUUUUCGAGUUGACCGGAGCACUUUACUGGGUUCCUAAGGCCACUCUGGCCGCAAUCAUUAUUACGGCGUGUUGGCCGCUGAUUUCCCCGCCGUCGGUGUUCUACCGCUACUGGAAGACUUCGCUCGCGGACUUCGUCUCCUCGAUGAUUGCUUUUUGGGUCUCGUUGUUUGUAUCGACGGAAAUCGGCAUCGCCAGUUCGGUCGGAUUCAAUAUCGUAUACGUCUUGCUCCGCCAAGUAUUUGCGCGCGUGUCAACGAUUCCAGACCCUAGGUCAGAGCUCGCUAUAGCCAUUGAUGGCGCUGGCAAUACCCCACCGUCGGUUUCAGCGGACACGUGCGUGUUUCAGUUCAAUGACUCCGUAUUCUUCCCAAACGCAUAUCGGGCGAAGACUUCCAUCAUCGAGACAUUGAAAACACAUCACGCACCCGCGGUCAACAGCGCCGAAAGCCCCGAGGCGGAAAGGGGCUGGUCUGUUACCCGAGAAAACCGUCUUGCAAAGCUUCGCCGACCUUGUACCCACCUUGAGACGCUUAUCGCGGAGAUUAGAGCGUAUGGAGGUCCAGGGGUGCUGGUCCGUUUUUCGGGCAUGUCAGAAUACGUUCAGCAACGGUUUGAGCGUGCGGGAUGGGACAUCAUUAGUGGCAACGAUACACCGGAAGGUCUGGAAGAAAACCAGGUCGUCAGGUCGUACCGCAACGUGGUGUGCGCGGCGAAUGCUCCUAGGAAUAACGAGAGUACAACACGGGUUGAGAGUGAAGAGGAAGAAAAAGGGCAGGAAAUGAUCGUGGCGAGCCACAUCGAGUAA